CUUUGGUAUGAUGGAUCACUCCCAGUUUUUUACCCAGAUUUACUGGAACCAUGCCCUCUGGCUCUGAGAGGAGUCCCAUGUCUGGAGCAAUGAGAUCUCCAAUGCAUGACUGAGAAUGUGAUAUCAUAUAACCCCUUUGAAAACUGUGUGUUGUUUUCAUUGGGAACUAUGGCUAAACAUCAUCCUGAUUUCAUCUUUUGCCAUAAGCAGGCUGGUGUUGCCAUUGGAAGACUGUGUGAAAAACGUGAGGGCAAGUGUGUGAUUUGUGACUCCUAUAUGUGUCCCUGCACUCUGGUGCACAUAUGUGAUGAGUGUAACUAUGGAUCUUACGAGGGGCGCUGUGUGAUCUGUGGAGGCCCUGGGGUCUCUGAUGCCUAUUUUUGUAAAGAGUGCACCAUCCAGGAGAAGGAUAGAGAUGGCUGCCCAAAGAUUGUCAAUUUGUGGAGCUUUAAGACAGACCUCUUCUAUGAACGCAAAAAGUACGGCUUCAAGAAGAGGUGAUUGGUGGGUGGCCCCUUCCUUCCCCCCACCUUAAAGCUAUUGCAACUGCCAGAAAAGAUGCCUACUACCACCAGCAGAAAGAGAGAAGAGCCCAGAGCAUCACCAGGAGUGCCUGCUAGUGUACUGGCCGCUUGCCACCCCCUCCUCUCCCUCCACCCAGACGUAUGGUAGGGAUGGAAAAGGAUUCUUCAGAGAGCACUCUGGCACACCUUAUCGGAGAAAAUUUGAUAGAUUAGUUAAUGGUGUUUCUCGAAUUUGGGAAGCCAAGAGCUGUUCUCCAUAUUGAUAUGUUCUCCCUCAACCAAGAUCUUCUAAAAAGAAAUAAUAUUUUAGCCUUCUGCUUGAGAAGUUGACUGUGAAGCUACGCCCAGUGAAAAACAUGUUCUUGCAGCAUCUCUGGUGGCAGCUGUCCUUGAGGAAACUUUGGUGUGUGGUGGGAAGCUAUCGGAACAAGAAAUGUAGUCAUUU